UAGUCUUUAUUGGCACGCGUUGGAAAGCAGACGACUCUGCGUCUGUCUGUCUCUCAUUUUGAUAUCGUAGAUAUACACUAGUCAACAUGGCUGAGGAACACUCUCCUGCAGCGCUCUACUUUGCCGUCGGUCCUCAGGCCCGUGAGAUCACCUGUCCCUACUGCAAGGUGUUGGCCAAGACGCGAGUUGUUCGCUCCUGGCUGCGUUGUUGCACGAAGCGGCAUCAUUGCGGCGCCUGUGGCGAGUAUCUCGGUGUCUAUAGACGCCCCCAGCUAUGAGAACAACAUUGACACAUAUCUAGAAAAUAAUAAAAAAAUUAUAAAAAUAUCCUCGACAAUGAUAUAAUAAAUAGAAAUGCUAACAAA